CGCGCUUUGGAGCUUCAAAGUGUUGACAACCUUCAGCCCGAUAUUGGGGAGUCCACAUACAAAUAGGAAAAUAUCUCGAUAUCCCGGUGCAAACCCAUUAAUCCAACCCUUCAAUCCAACCCUUCAAUCCAACCCUUCAAGUCAGUGAGGCUGUUCGCCAACGUCUUGCUAUCAACAAUCGAUCCAUCUGCUUGGGACAUAGGGAAUCGACAACCGCCUCGCAACCAGAGCAUCUCGACCCUCGUAACUCCCUGCUUUUGCGCAGCAGCGCACAUUACCCGGAGCUAUCAAUCGUCGCCGCACAAUUCGGCUUGUCCCGGCGCUCAAUUCAUCCUAGUGUACACAUCCAGAGACAUAUGAUGUGGAGUCCCUGAGCCUCGCUGCUCGUUACGUUCCCGCCAUCCCUGGACCAUCUUCACGACUUCGGGCCCCUAUCGAACCUCGCACCAUGCCCCCGAAGGCCCAUCGGCCCGGUCAAGCCUACGCCGUAGGUGGCUCCGGCAAGCGACCAUCGAAAAUUGGUAGAACGACCGCAAGAAAAACGAAUCGAAGCGCUGGUGGAUCAAAUACGCCCCAGCGGCGGAAGAAAGGCGGGGUUGAACCUGGCGACCCUGUCCCGAAGAAACAACAUCGUUGGAAGCCGGGGACGCUUGCGCUCCGGGAAAUUCGGCGAUAUCAACGAAGUACCGACCUACUCCUUGCGAAACUCCCCUUCGCUCGUCUGGUCCGCGAAGUCGCGCUGCAAAUGAUCCAACCGGGCGAUGUCCUUCGCUGGCAAUCACAAGCAAUCCAGGCACUCCAGGAAGCCGCCGAGGCAUUCCUAGUCCAUCUAUUCGAGGACACCAAUCUGUGUGCAGUACAUGCGAAGCGGGUUACGAUCAUGCAGAAAGACAUACAGUUAGCCCGGAGAAUUCGAGGCGCCUGGGGUGGUUCGGGUUGAUGUCUUAGGUAUUGCAUUUUAUUUUCGGGUUGGCUGCAAUAGUAGCUGUUAUCUAUGCGGCGUCGCUGGACGGGUUGUCUGGUAAGCGAAGGAGUUUGGGAUUGAGGUCAUCCGAACACGGAGAACACAUGGGGACCAGUACAAACCGAGGGACCUGCCGGAUGGGAGAUACCGGGUAUUCUGAUGGAAAAAGAUCCGAAUGCUGUUGCAAUGCAAGGGAUCAUUCUAUUCAAUAAUUUACAACACUACGGCUUCAUCAGUCAUACCGACAUAUUGACGAAAAGUCAGAAACUCGCUCAAGGAACCGUUCAAAGCAUGUGUACCUGGAGGAAUGUGCGUGCAUAAUAUUGGAACAAUGCUCCCCAAACUA